GAGUGCCUCGUGAAGGCAUUGGAGAUCGACGGCACCUCCGCAUCGACUUGGUACAAGCUGGCGACGGAGAAGGGCGGCGUGGUCAAUGGAAAGGCUUACGACAAAAAGCAAUGCUACCAGAAAGCCGUGGAGAACGACGGGAAAUAUGCCAUGGCCUGGUUCAAGCUGGGCAAGGAGGGGGGCGGCUCCAUCAAUGGCAAGGCCUUUAACAAGCAGGAAUGCUACCAAAGGUCUGUGGAGGAGGAUGAGGACUAUGCUUUGGCGUGGUACAAUCUAGGAGUUGCAGACGGUGGAAAGGUGAACGGCACGCGCUACAGCAAGAAGCAGUGCUACCAGAAAGCAUUGGAGAAAGACCAGACGUAUGCUUCAUCGUGGUACAAUCUCGCGUUUGAGGGCGGCGGCACCGUGAAUGGCACG